GGCCCGCCGCGGAGUGGGGGAGGGAGGCCCGUGUGUGUCUGUGUUGUUGUUCCGCGGCGGCGGCGGCGGCGGUAAGAUGGCUGCGCACGGGGGCUCCGCGGCGUCGUCGGCGCUGAAGGGGUUAAUUCAGCAGUUCAUGGCCAUCACCGGUGCAAGUGAAAGUGUAGGAAAACAUAUGCUUGAAGCUUGCAACAACAACCUGGAGAUGGCAGUCACUAUGUUUCUGGAUGGUGGAGGAAUUGCUGAGGAGCCCAGUACCAGUUCUGCAAGUGUUUCUACUGUCAGACCACACACAGAAGAAGAAGUUCGUGCCCCAAUUCCUCAAAAGCAAGAAAUAUUGGUGGAGCCAGAACCUUUGUUUGGUGCCCCUAAAAGACGAAGGCCUGCACGUUCAAUAUUUGAUGGUUUUCGAGAUUUUCAAACUGAAACUAUUAGGCAAGAACAGGAGUUAAGAAAUGGAGGAGCAAUAGAUAAGAAACUGACAACCCUUGCGGAUCUGUUCCGUCCCCCAAUCGACUUGAUGCACAAAGGCAGCUUUGAAACAGCCAAAGAAUGUGGCCAGAUGCAGAAUAAGUGGCUGAUGAUAAACAUUCAAAAUGUACAAGACUUUGCAUGCCAGUGCCUCAACCGUGAUGUGUGGAGUAAUGAAGCUGUUAAGAAUAUUAUCCGGGAACAUUUCAUUUUCUGGCAGGUUUAUCACGACAGCGAGGAAGGUCAGAGAUACAUACAGUUUUAUAAGCUAGGGGAUUUCCCCUAUGUUUCCAUCUUGGACCCACGGACAGGCCAGAAGCUAGUAGAGUGGCACCAAUUAGAUGUGUCUUCUUUCUUGGACCAAGUAACAGGGUUUCUGGGUGAACAUGGACAACUGGAUGGACUUUCUAGCAGUCCUCCCAAAAAAUGUGCCCGAUCAGAGAGCCUCAUAGAUGCCAGUGAAGACAGCCAGCUGGAAGCUGCCAUCAGAGCCUCCUUGCAGGAAACACAUUUCGACUCAGCACAGGCAAAACAGGAUAGCCGCUCAGAUGAAGAAUCUGAAUCGGAACUUUUCUCUGGCAGCGAAGAAUUCAUUUCGGUUUGUGGCUCUGAUGAAGAAGAGGAGGUAGAGAAUCUUGCUAAGUCCAGAAAGUCUCCUCAUAAAGAUCUGGGACAUAGAAAAGAGGAGAACAGAAGGCCAUUGACUGAGCCCCCAGCCAGAACUGAGCCUGGCACAGCCACAAACCAUCAAGGAUUGCCAGCCAUGGAUCCUGAGGUCUUGGAGAUGUCACCUGAAAAGUCAGAUGGAAUAGUGGAGGGGAUAGAUGUAAAUGGACCAAAAGCACAGCUGAUGCUGAGGUACCCAGAUGGAAAAAGGGAGCAGAUCACUCUUCCAGAGCAAGCUAAACUGCUGGCUUUGGUGAAACAUGUCCAGUCUAAAGGAUAUCCAAAUGAACGUUUUGAACUUCUUACCAACUUCCCCCGGAGGAAGCUCUCUCAUCUGGACUAUGACAUCACUUUACAAGAGGCAGGCCUCUGUCCUCAAGAGACUGUCUUUGUACAGGAAAGAAAUUAACACCAUGGCCUGACCUCUCUCAGCUUACCCCCUUUUCCCUUUUCCUGUGAGAUACCAUGUCACUAAGUAUGCAUUUUGGCUCAUAGGACUAUAGAGCCAAAGCUGAGCAAGCAAGUCACCUGCCUUUCCUUUAUUUCUUUCUGUCACCUGUAAUUAGUCUCUUUCCUCCUUUUCUCUUUCUCUGUGAUCUUUUUUUUCUCACUUUGUUUCUUUCUUACCAAAUGUGGUGACCAAAUGGAAGUGUAAAGAUAAGAAUAAGAUCUCUCCUAGUACUGGCAGCAGGAAAUGUGUGUUCUAAUAAGUAGUCUCUUGUGUGGCAUCUCUUUGGGUUCUAGUGAUUUUAAUCCUAGACUCUUGACAAAGAAUGACUAGAAUCAGAAUUAAAAAACAAUCCCCAUUUUUGCUAGGGAAAAGAAAUUCUCUUAACAUGCAUUUUGUUCUUCAUGUAAGAAGAUCUCUUAGUGAAAUACCCAGGUUUUUAUUUGUGUAGGGAAAGCAUUCCUUAUAUUAUUGCUCAUAUUUAAAAUUUCCUUCAAAGGUUCCCAUGAUCCAGUUAUAAGAGUUAUUUCCAUGAUGUAUGUUAUUGGCAGAAUGAGUACUUAGUGUAUUGUGUAUUACCAAGACGGUUUUCUUUAUUAGUAUCUGUUAGUAAUAUUCCUCUUUCCAGUACUAGGAUGAACCUGUAGUGAGCAUCUUGUUUCUGGGCUAGGAAGGUGUUUGCUGUUUUUACCUGCACAGCAGAUUAGUUCCUUUGGCUCCAUUGUCUUGAGUAUGUAGUGUUGUCUAGGAAGGCAGAUGUUCAAUAAUCAUGUAGUACGAUGGCUUGUAAUUGUAACCACUAUGGUUAUUGGUUGUCCUAUGUGCUUAAAGCAUACUUAGGUAUGUACCAGGGUUGGGUGGGUGGGCAGGGGUGGGAAAA